AUGGCCCAAGAAAAAGUCCACACCACCGCCGCGCCCCCUCCGCUCCCGCAGUUCUCCCAGGCCAUCAAGUACAACGGCAUGGUCUACUGCUCCGGCAACAUCGGUAUUCUGCCCGACAAGCCCGGCAUGGUGCAGGCGGAGGGGACUGUCAAGGACAGGACGCGUCAAGCCCUCAAGAACCUCUCCGCCGUCCUCGAGGCCUCCGGGAGCAGCCUCCGCAACGUCGUCAAGGUCAACGUCUACAUCACCAAGAUGGCCGACUUCGCGACCAUGAACGAGGCCUACGACGAGUUCUUCACCUUCGACCCCAAGCCCGCACGCACGUGCGUCGCUGUCUACCAGCUCCCGCUCGGCACUGAUGUGGAGAUCGAGUGUACGGCCAUCCUCAAUAAGCCCGCUGAGAAGUUGUGA